GGGAGGGAGGGAUCCCGGGGAGGCCGGUGGGCAGCGCCGCCCGGACCCUGCGCCAAUCCCCGCCGUCCCGGCCCCUCCCGGCGCUGCAGCAGCGCGGCUCUGCCCUCCGCUUCCUCGCUCCCUUUUUCUCUUCUGCCAUCUUCCCGUUGCAAAGCAUUGCUGGGAACCGCAUGUGGGUGACGCAGCAGCAUUGUCUCCGGCUCAGGAAGCUGCUGCCGCCGCCGCUGCCCAAGGGCUCGGGAGGAGCACGCGGCCGCCAGUGCGGCUGCUGGGGGCGGGGAGGAGCCGGGGGCGCUCGGGGCGGGGGGCGCAGCUGCUCCCCAGCCAUGUCCCCGAACACCGGGGGUCCGGCCGGGGUCUGAGCCAGCCCCCGGAGGUGUCCGGGAGAAGGGAGGGGGCUCCAGCCCUCGCAGUGCGGGCACCGAAACAAAGAGGGCUCGGCAAACUUCACCCAGAGUCUCGGCAGCUCCAGAAGCGCAAGCUGCUGUUGGAAGAAUACGCAAACAGCGACCCCAAACUGGCACUUACAGGCGUCCCCAUCGUCCAGUGGCCCAAAAGAGAUAAGCUAAAGCUGCAGGCCCGGCUGCGGGUGCGCCUGCCCACCAUCCCCAUCACCAAGCCGCACACCAUGAAGCCAGCACCGCGCCCCACUCCCGUCAGGUCCACGGUGUCUCCCAUCGUGUCGGGCGCCCGGCGGAGGCGGGUGCGGUGCCGGAAAUGCAAGGCCUGCAUGCAGGGCGAGUGUGGCAUGUGCCACUACUGCAGGGACAUGAAGAAGUUCGGCGGGCCCGGCCGCAUGAAGCAGUCCUGUGUCCUCCGGCAGUGCUUGGCGCCCAGGUUGCCUCACUCGGUCACGUGUGCACUUUGCGGGGAGGUGGAUCAGAACGAGGACUCACAGGACUUUGAGAAGAAGCUGAUGGAGUGCUGUAUCUGCAAUGAGAUUGUUCACCCUGGCUGUCUGCAGAUGGAUGGAGAAGGGUUGCUCAAUGAUGAGCUCCCCAAUUGCUGGGAGUGCCCCAAGUGCUACCAGGGUGAUGAUGCAGAGAAGGGCCAGAAGCGGAAGGUGGAGGAGAGCGAUGACGACACGGCACAAGCCAAGGUGCUGCGGCCCCUGCGGAGCUGCGAGGAGCCCCUGACCCCCCCGCCCAAUUCACCCACCCCGAUGCUGCAGCUGAUCCACGACCCCGCGUCCCCCCGUGGGGUGGUGACACGCUCGUCCCCGGGGGCCGGGCCCAGCGACCACCACAGCGCCAGCCGGGACGAGCGCUUCAAGCGCCGGCAGCUGCUGCGGCUCCAGGCCACGGAGAGAACCAUGGUGCGGGAGAAGGAGAACAACCCCAGCGGCAAGAAGGAGCUGUCAGAGGUGGAGAAGGCCAAGCUGCACGGCUCCUACCUCACCGUGACGCUCCAGCGCCCCACCAAAGAUGUCCACGGCACUUCGAUUGUCCCCAAGCUCCAAGCCAUCACGGCCUCCUCGGCCAACCUGCAGCACUCGCCGCGCGUGGUCGUGCGCCACGCGCCCGCCAGGAUGCCCCUGCGGAGCGGGGGCGACGAGGACGCGGCCGCCGAGGAAGAGGAGGACGAAGAGGAAGAGGAGGAUGAGAACGCGGAGGAGGGGGGGGCGGCCCGGCUGAACGGGCGCGGGGGCCGGGCGCAGGAGGGCGAGGAGAGCUGCGUCCAGCGCGAGGUCUGGAUGUCUGUGUUCCGCUACCUCACCCGCAGGGAGCUCUGCGAGUGCAUGCGGGUGUGCAAGACCUGGUACAAGUGGUGCUGUGACAAGAGAUUGUGGACAAAGAUAGACUUGAGCAGGUGCAAGUCCAUCACCCCGCAGGCGCUGAGCGGCAUCAUCAAAAGGCAGCCGGUCAGCCUUGAUCUCAGCUGGACCAAUAUCUCAAAAAAACAGCUUACAUGGCUCGUCAACAGGCUGCCAGGCCUGAAAGACCUCAUCCUAGCGGGCUGUUCCUGGUCUGCGGUCUGUGCCCUCAGUACCUCCAGCUGCCCCCUUCUCAGGACCCUCGAUCUUCGGUGGGCAGUAGGAAUCAAGGACCCUCAGAUCCGGGACUUACUCACGCCUCCAACAGACAAACCCAGUCAGGACAAUCGCAGCAAACUCCGCAACAUGAUCGACUUCCGGCUCGCCGGGCUGGACAUCACGGACGCCACGCUGCGCCUGAUCAUCCGCCAUAUGCCCCUGCUCUCCCGCCUCGACCUCAGCCACUGCAACCACCUCACGGACCAGUCGGCCAACCUCCUCACCGCCGUGGGCUCCUCCACACGCAACUCCCUCACCGAGCUCAACAUGGCAGGCUGCAAUAAGCUGACGGACCAGGCCUUGCUGUACCUGCGCCGCAUCUCCAACGUCACCCUCAUCGACCUGCGGGGUUGCAAACAGAUCACCCGCAAAGCCUGUGAGCACUUCAUCUCGGACCUGUCCAUCAACAGCCUCUACUGCCUGUCUGAUGAGAAGCUGAUCCAAAAAAUCAGCUAGAGACCCUCCCCGGGGCAGACUGAGGAGAAGGAAAAGAGCCCAUCCCGCCCCUCUUGGAGAGCCCCUCCUCCAUCUCCCCCCUUGCCCUGCGCGUCCUGCCGCUGCCUCCCACCUGGCUCGGCAGGCAGGGCUGUCGCUGGCCUCGCUCCACUGUCCUUCCUCCUCCUCCUUCCCCGGGACUUCUGCCGAGGAAGACGUCCCGCCAGGCCGGCCAGUACCAGAGGAGGAACGGGCACAUGGCAGGGAGCCUGGGCCCGGAGGCUGGCCGCUCCCGAGGCGGGGGCUUUGACAGAGGCCUCUGUGCAGAGAAAUGGGGCACCCUCUCCCCCCAGCUUUUCCCCUCCUCCCCGUCGUCUCCUUGCCUUGAAACACUUGUCACUUCCCCGGUAGCACAAAGCUUGAGGGUCAAGGUCUCUCCGAGGAAGCAGGAGCAGAGCCAGAACACCCCGUCCCCCUCUGUGCCGCCACCAGCUCGGCGCUUCCCUGCGCUCUCCCCCCCUUUUCCCUUCCCCUUCCCCUCGACUGGCUGCAGGGAUUGCUGUCCAUGCCCCUCUUCCUCCCACGCAUCCGGGCGGUUCUUUAAGCACCCAGGGCAGGAGCCCCGUGGCCGGGGUGUCCCGGGAGCAGGGGCUGGGGGAUAACUCGUCUGUCCGAGGGGAUGGAGCAGGGGAGAACCCACAGGUACACCAGAGCUCAGGGAGGACUCGGGAAGCAUCAGCCAGGGGUGAGUGAGCCCGGGGCGGGGACAGGAGCUGCCUCCUCUUCCUCCCCAGCUCCCGGCACCACGAAGCACUCUGGGGCCGGAGGGGCGAGGGCUGCUCCGCGGCCUGGGACCGAACUGGCAUCGUCCUCUCCUUUCCCCCCACCCCCUUUUCGCUGCCGAUUUUCCUUUGCAAUGAAUGGUUGGUCCAAAGAACCUCUCUCUAGGGCAGCAGAGAGCUUUUUGCACUUUAAAAAAAAAACAACAAAAAAAAGACAAAAAAACAAAACAAACAAAAAAAGACAAGAAAAAAAAAGAAAGGAAAAAAGGUUGGAAUCUUCUUUUUCUGGGUCACUAUUUUAUUUCCCUCCCUGUCCUGCCUGUGCCUGGACACUCCCCCUCUCUGCCCCCCCGGUGUCAGCACCCUGCUCUCUCCCUGGCAGCAUACCGAUAGCACAAUCCGGGGUGUCCCCUCCGUGCCACCACCGGUCCCCAGCCCCGCAGGGGUGCCCGGGGGGCAGCCCGCACCCCCCCCCUGCUGCUUCAGAAGCAAUAAAGGAGGAGAGGCGGCCAGCGGGGUCUGUCCCCGGCAGGGGGACAGCAGGGGCCAAUCCCGCAGUGCCUGCGACAAGGGGCAGUGCGGCCAGCGGAGCCUGGAGCAGGAAGCCCCCCCAGGCGAGAGGAGGAGCCUUCGGCCUCGGCCUGUCUCGGCGGCGGCUCCCGGGAACGACAUCGGAAGAAUUAAAGCUUUUCUUUUUCCUUUGGAUUCCUUUUUGAGUUUUGCAACGCGAAAGAAAAUUUCCAGAGCUGGGGUUGAGAGGGGCGAGGUGCUCCCUCCCCCGGGGGGACAGCACCCCCUUCCCGCCGUGUCCCCCCCUCCAGCGCAGAGACUCCGGCGUGCCACCCUCCUCACCACCCCGGCGUGGUGCAAAUCCACGAGGAAGAAAAAAAGAGAAUUAUAUAUAAUAAAAAUCACUUAGUGAUUUAAAACCAACCCAGCCUGCUCCCUAAAGACAACUCCUGCAAGCAAAGUCACUUGUUUAAGGGUUUGGUUGUGGUUUU